AAUAUGGAGCUUAAACUUGUCUUCAUCGCCGUCCGAACAAAUCUUUGGAUUAAGUCCGGCUUAUGGUUCCAAACUGAAGCACUUCAUCUCCAUGCAGGCGCUGCCCAAUUCCUUUCCGACACUCCGUCUGCAAUUCGGCCAUCGCUGCCGCCGCUUCAUUUUCCUUUCUCUCCGUCCCAAAACCACCGGAUUGCCGAUGAUAACCACUUCUUCGGCCGCCUCCGAUUCCAACCGUACUUCCAGUGCCGGCGCAUUCACGACGCUCAAGGAGAGAGUCAUCUUUGAAAAAGAAAUUAAGAAGAGCAAAUUCAUUGCUAUCGCUAGCCCUGUUUUGGACGAACGCACUGCUUUGUCCUUCCUUUCCGAGGUUCGCCAGCCGCGUGCCACGCACAAUUGUUGGGCUUAUAAGAUUGGAGAUCAAUUUCGAAGUAAUGAUGAUGGUGAACCAUCUGGCACAGCAGGCAAACCUAUACACUCUGCAAUUGAAUCAUCCGGGAUUGAUAGAGUUAUGGUGGUUGUUAUCAGGUAUUUUGGUGGGAUCAAACUUGGCACCGGAGGAUUAGUUAGAGCUUAUGGAGGGGUGGCUGCAGAAUGCCUGAGAAAUGCACCAACUUGUCUUGUAAAAUCCAAAGUUCCUAUGGGAUUGGAGGUGCCUUUUGAUAUUUUGGGAGUUGUGUACCAUCGACUUCAGUGUUUUGAAGUGGAGGACAUACAUCAGGAUUAUGAGACUGGAAAAGAUAAUGUUGUAAUGGUGACUUUUAAGGUGGACUUGGACCGGGCAGAAAGUUUGGAAGAUGCUUUAAAGGCGAGUUGCAGCCGUGAUAUUGUGUUUUACAAAUAAAAAUGAUGAAGUGCAUCAGCAUGCCUUGAUCUGAUCUGAUCUAACCUUAUCUGAGGAUGGAUAUUGAUGAUUCUUUGUUACUCAGUCACUCACUCAUUGAGGCAGCCUCAGUUGUAGGUAUGCUGUAAAGUUCAGUGUUUCUUCAAUCCAUCUAUUCCAUGUCUGUUAAAAAGUAUUUUGAAUUAUUUUAGGAAUGAAUAAUCAUAAUUUGAAUAAAAUUUAGGCAGUGGAUGUUGCCAAAUA